AUGCCGAACCUAGAGCCACACGUGCGGUGUUCUCCGCACCACUUUGUUGACCGUGCGUCUUGUCUUGCCGCCUCGCCCUGGGCUAGUACUAGGGCGUCCAGUCGGGCCAAUGAGAGCAGUGCGGCGGACAGGGCGUCCAGUCGGGCCAAUGAUAGCAGUGCGGCGGACAAGCAGCCGUCGCAUGGUAGGGACCCCGGGUCGUGGCACGGCAGUCGCAGGGACCAAGUGCACUACACCGGCGGCGCUGCCUCCCAUAAAAGGCAAGGCAUUUGGCGCCUCUAUACUUUCCUUGGCGUCUUUACCCGCGACCGCAUUGGUCCUGAAAGCAACUCUGCCCUUCGUCUCGUUCCAUCUCCUCGUUAUUGGCCAAUCGUUCAUUUCUUCCAAUGCUUUUGGCGUUCCCCAUCUCACAACCUCCCCUCUCCUGGCGGCUUCCCCCUUCUCACGUCUCUCCCGACGUCCCCCGCGUGUGAGGCCAGGCAGCGAGAGGAGCCGAGCGAGUCAAACAGCAACAAGGCCAAUCAGGAGAAGAUGCGCUGCGACCGACUCAACGACAGGUGCGACGCUGCUGCUGUCUGCUGGGUGCUCUCCAUACUCCAUCAUCACUCGCUUUCGUCCUGCUGUUCGAGGAGUUGGCGCGGGCGCUGGAGAGGAGCGAGCUGGCUGCGCGCGGACAGGGGGAGCAUUCUGGUGGACGCCGUGCGCGUGCUGGCGCAGCUGAGGGCGGAGACGAGCCGGCUGAGGGGCUCCGCGGAGCACAUGAGCGAGCAGAUCCAAGAGCUCAAGGCGGAGAAGAGUGAGCUGAGGGAGGAGAGGGCGCGCCUGCUGGCCAACAAGCAGCAGCUGGAAGACGAGGUCCGCCGCUUGUGUCAAAUUAUAUGA